GGCGGCGGGCGCGGGUGGGGGGCUGCGGGGACGCGGAGCCCCGCCCUCCCCUCCCGCCUUCAGGACCCGCGGAGCCCGGGGCAGGGGCAGGGGCCCGGGCCCAGCUCCGCCGCUCCGGCACCAUGACGCCCGCCCGCUUCGUGGUGGCGCUGAUGUUAGGGGCGCUCCCCGCCGUGGUCGGCUCUGACCCAGUCCCCUUUUACCCCCUCCACUACCGCCAUCGCCACCGGCCCCCGGCGGGCCACCCGUUUCCUUACCCCCUUCCCACCCCGCGGGCGCACGCCCCGCACCCCGGACCAGCGCCCCGCGCGCAGCGCCCGCCGGCCCUCCACGCGCCGCACGCGCCCCCGACGCCCCCUGGGGGCUGCCCUGCGGGGGGGCCCUGGGCCAACGUGACGGACUCCGGCGCCCCGUGCCUGCGCUGGGCGGACGUGCCGCCGCUCCUGGAGCGAUUGCCCCCGGCGGACUGGGCUCCCCUGCGAGGGCAGCGCCACAACUUCUGCCGGAGCCCCGACGGCGCGGGCCGCCCCUGGUGCUUCUACCGGAACGCGCGUGGCCGCGGGGACUGGGGCCACUGCGACUGCGGACACGGGGCCGUCCGGCUUCGUGGCGGCGCCGACCGGGUGGAAGGCACAGUGGAGGUGUACGCCAACGGCGCGUGGGGCGCAGUCUGCAGCAGCCACUGGGACGACGCGGACGCUGCGGUCGUCUGUCACCAGCUGCAGCUGGGGAGAAAGGGAGUCGCAGAGCACACCCCGCUGUCCGGGCUGGGCCGCAUCCCCGUUCACUGGAGCGGCGUCCGCUGCCGCGGAGACGAGGAGAGCCUCCCGCUGUGCGCCAGGGACGCCUGGCGGGGCGGGGCGUGUCCGGGGGCGGCCGCCGUCAGGUGCAGCGUGUCCCACGGCGCAGGCCCCGCCUCCCCCGUCCUGCGCCUCGCAGGCGGGAGCAGCGCGCACGAGGGCCGCGUGGAGCUCUACCACGCCGGCCAGUGGGGGACCGUCUGCGACGACCAGUGGGACGACGCCGACGCGGAAGUCAUCUGCAGGCAGCUGGGCCUCAGUGGCGUCGCCAGAGCCUGGACGCGGGCCUACUUCGGGGCGGGGUCCGGCCCGGUGCUGCUGGACGAGGUGCGCUGCACCGGCAACGAGCUGGCCAUCGAGGAGUGUCCGAAGGGCUCCUGGGGCGAGCACAACUGUGGCCACGGAGAGGACGCCGGGGUGUCCUGCACCCCUCUGACGGACGGCGUCCUCAGACUCGCAGGGGGGAAGGACAGCCACGAGGGCCGCCUGGAGGUGUACCACAGGGGCCAGUGGGGGACGGUCUGUGACGACGGCUGGACGGAGCUGAACACGCACGUGGCGUGCCGGCAGCUGGGGUUCAGGUACGGCAAGCAGGCCCCCGCCAGCCCCUUCGGGGAGAGCACCGGGCCCAUCUGGCUGGACGAGGUCAGCUGCUCCGGGCAGGAGACCAGCCUCCUGCAGUGCUCCCGGCCCCCGUGGGGGCGCCACGACUGCAGCCACCGCGAGGACGUGGGCGUGGCCUGUGCCCCGCGCGGCGAGGGACACCGGCCGUCUCUGGGUUUUCCCAUCAGGCUGGUGGACGGAGAAAAUGAGAGAGAGGGGCGCGUGGAGGUUUUCCUCCAGGGCCAGUGGGGAACCAUCUGUGACGAUGGCUGGACUGACCGGGACGCGGCUGUGACCUGCCGGCAGCUCGGCUACAGGGGCCCCGCCAGGGCGCGGGCCAUGGCGUACUUCGGGGAAGGACAGGGGCCCAUCCACCUGGACAACGUGGCGUGCACGGGCGGCGAGCGGGCCCUGGCCGACUGCCUCAAGCAGGAGAUCGGCCGGCACAACUGCCGCCACGGCGAAGACGCGGGCGUCAUUUGUGAUUAUUUUGGCAAGAAAGCGCCGGGUGGCGGAGAUAAAGCGCCCGUCCCGUCCGGCUGUGGGCUCCGACCGCUGCACCGUCGGCAGAAGCGCAUCGUUGGCGGGAAGAACUCUCUAAGGGGCGGCUGGCCCUGGCAGGUGUCGCUGCGCCUCAGGUCCCCCCGCGGGGACGGCCGGCUCCUCUGCGGGGCCACCCUGCUGAGCAGCUGCUGGGUGCUGACGGCCGCACACUGCUUCAAGAGGUACGGGAACAGCUCGCGGAGCUACGCCGUCCGGGUCGGGGAUUACCACACGCUGGUGCCCGAGGAGUUUGAAGAAGAAAUCGCAGUCCAACAGAUUGUCGUCCACGGGGCGUACCGGCCGGACAGCAGUGACCACGACAUCGCCCUGGUCAGGCUGCAGGGGCCGGACGGGCAGUGCGCCAGGCUCAGCAGCCACGUCCUGCCCGCCUGCCUGCCGCUCUGGAGAGAGAGGCCACAGCGGACGGCCGCCGGCUGCCACAUCACAGGCUGGGGAGACACAGGGCGAGCCUACGCCAGGACGCUGCAGCAGGCCGCCGUGCCCUUGCUGCCCCGGAGGCGGUGCGCGGAGCGCUACCAGGGCCGCUUCACGGGGAGGAUGCUCUGCGCCGGGAGCCUCCAUGGACACAGCCGCGUGGACAGCUGCCAGGGGGACAGCGGCGGGCCCCUCGUGUGCGAGCGGCCGGGAGCCGGCUGGGCCGUGUACGGGGUGACCUCCUGGGGCUAUGGCUGUGGGGCCAAGGGUUCGCCCGGCGUUUAUACCAAAGUUUCAGCCUUUGUACCUUGGAUAAAAAGUGUCACCAAACUGUAAUUGGUGGAACCCUCAAGGAAAUACUUAAAAAAUGUGUUGGCAACUUUCAACCUCAGCGUUGUCCUCAGCCAGAGUCCCACCAAUGGGGCCUGAGGUCCCGGGUGUGCCGAUAGGGCUGCGUCCCCUCCGCUGCCCGGGAGGACUGUGGCGUGAACGUUUCUGUAGAACCUCCAGGUGGUACUGAUUAUCCUGAAUUGGCAUUGUCGCGUCCCAAGCUAGUUCCACUGGGGACUGACUGUAUUCUCAUUUGAACCUUAUUGAACCCUUUUCUCAGAAUCCUGAGUGUUACUGUGUAUACUGACUAUGCAAUACGCUGUUUUUACCUGUAUUUGGAGAACUUAUAACUGAACCAGUGACGUAUGGAUUCAUAUUAAGUGCCCAUGUUUGAUGGAAAAAAUACUCAUUACCUCACUAAGAGCACCCUUGUUUCCUGUUUACAUACGUUUAAGCUAAAGGCUGACAAAGCUUCAUGCGUGUGAUCUCUGUCAGGUGAGAGAAGGGACCUGCUGGAUAGGCUGUUGUGGCACGUUCAUGAACGAGGCCUCUGUACCAGGCACAUGGCAGUCACCAGUGUUCUAGCCACCUUGUAUGUAGCUAGGAAAAUGUGGAAGAAUUCCCGCUAACACGGGAAAGAAUGUCAAGUUGUUGGAUGCACACCCUAAUUUACCCACCCGAUUUGUUAGCACAUCUACUCUGGUUACCUUUAACCACGUCACAUAACUGGUGAACAUGUUUCUUCCUUAGCAUUCUGUUUCCUGCACCACGACCUGAGGGCCGUCUGCUGCAGCUUUACCUGUAGAUAGCCUGACGGCCCUGUUUAAUAAACACUAACAGUGCUCUCCCUGCCUGCGUGGGGAGAGCUCUAAAGCUAUUUAUCCGAUGUAACGCAUCCACCGGUGUGCCCGGGGCACCGCACUGCUUACAAAAAGCUGGUCAGGAAACAGGCCUGGGAGCGAGACAGCUGGUGGGCCUGGAAUCCAGACAGUGGUGUUGUGCCCCCAUGUUCUCCUGCCCAAAGGGGAGUUCCCUCGGGCUCAUUUCCCGAAGUGCUAAGGACUAGCUGCCCCUGUAACCUUUCAGGACAUUCCUGCUGGCAGUGGGGUCUCUGCCCAAGGACGGGAGGCAUGCCCCCAGGAUACUCGUGUCCUUCCCAAACCCCAGGUCGUCUCGUUCUCCUCUCUCCCAGGAGUAGAGUCAUAGAAACAGGCAGAGGUCAGUGCAAACUUUAGGCUCAAGAAUGGUUAAGUGACCCUGAGGAGGGACCGCUCCCUCCUGUGCCAGACUGUGUCCUGGUCUGCAAAUCCUGAGCUCGGUAACUGGUGCUAACCUCACGGUGCUUUGCUUUAUUGCAGAGCUGCAAUGCUGUAUCAAGUAGAGCAACAUUAUCAAAAGCCUGAGCUUUUAGGGGUUAAAGGGAACUUUUACUUAAAAGUGGCAAAAAGUUCCCUUCAACCUCCCAAACUUUUGGUUCAAAAUACACUUUUCUCAUUUGUUGACUGUGACUUCUGUUACGAUACAAAUGUGUAAAUAAAGUGCAGCCUUUCACCUUG